AACGCUUGUAACAUGCUGCAACCCUGCGCACGCUAGUUGUCAAAAUUUCGUUUUUUGCGAAGAUUACGUAAAAAGAGAAAAACAAAUUUUCUGUCACCCACUCACCUGUUUUUCUUCUGACCAUUUGCGCUCGGUUUAGGUUUCGUCCGAUAUGCUAAGGAUUGCCGUCAAAACCGGCCUCGCCGGCAGUGCCGUGUACUACUCCCGGGAGGAAGGAAUCUGGAACGAGAACACCGAUCAAGUGUACGAGCGCUAUUCGAAGGCACUGCAACCACAUAUCGCGUCGGUAAAGCAGCAAAUUCCCAUUGAGGUUCCAGCUCUGCCCACAUCCGGCGAGCUCUGUUUCCUAACCAAGCACUACUGGAACGAAGGUGUGAAAAGUUCGGUGUACUUCAUUCAUCGGCUGCCAUGCUAUCUGGGCCAGUGGACUAAGAAGGCUACCGAUGAGAUCAAGAAAGCAUUGGAUCCUCCGGCGGUCGGUGGUGCACCGAUUGGAGGUGGGACCGCAACGUCAGCCGUUAAGAAGUGAUUGUAGAGUUGAAGCCAACAGUUUGCAGUUACGUAAGGGUGAUUGUUUGGAAUAAAUCGUUUAAUGAAUUAAAGGCAUUUAUCAUA